AUGGCAAAACUAUCUACAGGUUCAAAUCAAUCUAAUAAUAGUAAUGGUAAUACUACCAAGACGGGGACAUCACAAACUCCAAAGGCAACAAUCACAGGGAAUUCAUCACGAGGAUCAUUUCAAGCAACAGUAUCUACAUCACUAAUUAAAGAAGGGAAUUCAUCGGGAGUAGGAUUGAGUCCUAAGCAAUUAUUUGAAUUGGUUUCUAAAAAUUAUGAAACUUGGCUGCAGGCUAUGACAAAACAAUUUGAAAAUGAUGUAGAUGAAAGUAAUUAUUCACCGUUUCCUAAUGAAGAUGAUAAUGUUGAUACAAAUGUUAUUAAUGAGAAAUCUAAUCCUAUUUUUAAUUAUAGUUUACUAGAAGCUUUGGAUGCCGCAUCUAAUGAUAUGAAUGAACAACUCAGCGCAACUACAAAUUCUUCGUCGUCUAGUGUCAAACCUAAAGAUGGGAAACGAAGAAUUCUUGAUCCAAGUACGCAUACAUUAUUGAAUGAAAGAGAAAUUGAUUUUCUUCGACAUAAGAUCACUCAAAUUAUUCAACAUAAUAACGAAACAACCGAAGGGUUUAAUUUAUAUGAUACAAAAGACGAAGAAGGAUUACAUGAAGGUAAUUGUGGGUGUUGUGAUGAAUAUGAUCAAGACGAUUAUGAUCUAGAAGAAAUCAAUGGAGAUGAAAAUUAUGCAUAUGAUAUACCACCAACCCAUCAUAUUGAAGUUGAAUUAAAUACAUCUUCAGAUUGUCCUAUUCAUGGUUCUGAAGGUUGUGAUUGUCCUAUCUUUUCCCAUCAUAUUCGUAGUGGAAUGGGUGGUGAUAAUGAUGACGAUGAUGACGAUGAUUAUGAUGACGAUGAUGACCGUUAUGCACCAUCAUGUGAAUUUAUGUUUGAAUAUGAUCUGAGUGGGAAAUUAAUACCGACCUAUAAUAACGUGGCAGAAAAGUUGCGAGAAAUGGAAGCUAAUGGAGGUAGAUUCCCUUUUAAGAAUCAUCGACUGAAGCUACCUUCAAUAGAGGAACUACAUGCCAGAGAUGAGAACUUGAAGAAACAAAACAAAAAGAAAAAGAAAAAGAAAAUGAAAACCACGAAAUCAGAUUCAAAUCCUCCCAUAACAAGAACAGAAGAUCUUGUAAAUAUUAGUCAAAUUAAAGUUCCUCAGAAUAGCUAUAAAAACGACUCAUCUACUAUUCCUAAAGACUUCAUUGGAUUUAUCCCUAGCAAUGAGUGUUGUUUAUUGUGUGAAUAUGAAGCUGUAUUUGGAAGUAAACCGAAACAAAUGAUUAAAUGGUAUGAACAAAGAAUAAAUGCAGAAGAGAAAAGAAGGGCUGAAUUCAAAAGGAAGUUACAGAAUGCAAAACUGAAGGCCUUACGAAAACAAAAAGAUAUGAGACAGAAAAGUAUCCAGCAACAACAACAGCAACAACAACAACAAAAGCACAGUAAUCCAAAACCUCUGGGACCCUCAAAUCCUGAGUCUUUACAAAGUAAAAUUGAUGAAGUUGAUUAA